AUGAAUCCACUGACGAAUAUCCGGAAGCAGAAUAAAAUUAAUGAACGGGAACUGUUACUUGGAUUUACUGGAAGUAGCAGCAAAAGCUGGCAUCAGGAAUAUUCCGAUUCAGCGUGGAUAUAUGUUGGUGGCUUGCCGUUUGAUCUUAACGAAGGCGACAUUAUUUCUGUUUUUUCUCAAUAUGGUGAAAUCGUGAACAUCAAUUUGAUUCGGGAUCGUAAAAGUGGAAAAUCACGAGGCUUCGCAUUUGUCUGUUAUGAAGACCAACGAUCAACUAUUUUAGCUGUUGACAACUUCAAUGGAAUUAAGCUGUUGAAGCGAAUUAUACAUGUAGAUCAUGUGGAAGAGUACAAAGUUCCAAAAUAUCGUGAGGACAUCGACGAAGAAACACGGCGAAUUUGGGAAGAUGGUUGCGCUCCGAAACCAAUUCCUAUACAACAAGAUGAUGUGGAAGACGUAGAUCCAGUUGAGACAUUGAAAAAGGAAGCAGUUGACGAGAAUGGUGUUAUGAAAGUGGAUAAAACUCUGGAAAAGAAACUGAGAAAAGAGCAGAAGAGAUUAAAGAAAGAAACAAAGAAGGCCAGAAAAGAGGAAAAACGGCGCAAGCGUAAACUUAAAGAAGAACAGUUGGAGCUGGAUAAAAAGAUUGAGGACGAUGCAUCUUGGAAAAAGCAGAAAAAAUUAAUAGAUUUAGGACCGGUUAAGGAAGAGGAAAUCUAUGGUGGUAAUGAACAUUUCAAUUUUGGAAAACCGAAGAAGGAAAUCCCACCUCCUCCGGCACACAAUCCUAGGCCCGAUUUCGAAAAAGCUGAUUGGCGCGAUAUAGAAAUGUGGAAAGCAGUACGCGAAAAGGAAAAGCAGGAAAAAGGAGAAAAAGAAACGAAUUGGAAGGAAGAGGAGCAUUAUUUACCUUCCAGAUUUCGAAAAGAGUGA